AUGCAUGCCCCUCCGUACUCGUCCGCUAGCAAGCGCGACGUAUCCGAGAGCCUGAACUGGUCCGGUGUUGAGCUCAUCGGGACCAAGUACACCUCUGUCACCGGGACGAUCGUCGUGCCGACCAUCGACCCUUCAGCUAGUAAUUACACCGAGGGCACGCAGUAUGGCGGCGCGAUCUGGGUCGGAAUUGAUGGGGACAGCUGUGCAGCACUGCUCCAGACGGGCAUCUUCCUCACGAUCGAGGACGGAGUUGUUGGGUAUAGUGCUUGGGCUUGUUGGCUACCGGAUGUGGAUACUCUUGAUGUAUCGAUUUCUGCAGGUGAUUCGAUUCAGAUGACGGUCACGGCUAUUGGGACCAACUCUGGCAUUGCUGUCAUCGACAAUCUCUCCACCGGUGUGAGCGCAAAUUAUAGUUACACAGACAUUGAGAACGACUACGGCGACCUUUGCGGGCAGACAGCGGAGUGGAUCGUGGAGGAUUACGCCAUCGAUGUGGAAUACGACCUGAUCCCUUUUAUCGACUACGGCAGCGUUGAGUUCACAGGCUGCAGCGCCGUCACAGAGGAUGAGACUGUCGAUAUGAGUGGUGCGGCGCAGGUCGAGAUCCUGGAGAUGGUGUCGGAGACGACCGGUGCGGUUGUGUCGAACUGUACUUAUGCUCAAGAUACGGUGACCUGUGCAUAUCUUUAA